AUGGAGGAGUAUGUGAAAGAGACUCUUAAUCAAGGUUACAUCCGUCCCUCCACUUCUCCUGCUGUUUCCAGCUUGUUCUUUGUGGCUGAGAAAGAUGAGGCUUUCUCACAUCUGAUACCAACCAUAGUCCACUGGGCAGAUGGAAAGAAAGGUGCAGGAGGUCAGCCUCUUUUAGAGAAUGUUCUGCCAGAGCCACCAGCACUUCUGGAACCAGUUCCUCGCCUGGGCCAAGAAAGCGAGAGGGAGUGGCACGAAGCUCAUCACCAUCUUCAGCGGGCAGUCCACAGACACAAGAGUUAUGCUGACUCUCGACAAGGCAACACUCCCACCUACCAUCCAGGACAGCUAGUAUGGCUCUCGACACGGGACAUCCGUCUGCGUCUGCCCUGCCGUAAGCUUACUCCCAAGUACAUCGGUCCAUUCCAGGUCGUAAGACAAAUCAACCCUGUCACAUAUAAACUCAAGCUCCCUGCAGAGUACAGAAUUCACACCACAUUCCAUGUCUCCCUAUUGAAACGUGACUAUAACGCAGUUCGGAUGUUAUGGGAAGAAGGAGGGACCAUUUGUACUGGAAUAGACCAUUUGUCUAAGGAAGUGAUUCUUGUGGAAGUAUCAGUUACGGUGGUUUUUGCACAUGAUCUGUCAUUUAAACAACAGAUUCCAGUCACGGUUCGAUGCUGCUUCAUAGUAUUACUUCUACAUCUGACAGGCAAAGUGUCUCUGCAGGACUCUGCAAACACAUUUGAGUGUGUUGUUGGAGACUCCGUCACCUUGCCGUGCUUGUAUGAGAAUAAACAAAGUAAUGUAUUUUGGCGACACAAUGUAAGCAGGAACGUGUUAAAUAUUAUAGAUGGCCAUAUCUCACUAGAAGACCAGGACACAAUAUUCCAGAAUCGAACGGAAAGUUUCUCUUCAGGUUAUGUAAAUGGAGACUAUUCAAUUACGCUGAAAAAUGUGGAGUUAAUUCAUGCAGGAGACUACACUUGUUUUAUUCAAGAAUCAAACAAGAAAAAGAAGCUACAGCUCUUUGUCAAAGAAAAGCCUGCAGAACCAGCUCAGAAACAAAGAAACUCGUCCAUGGAAACACAAUCACAGAAGAUUAUGACUUUCCUAACUGCUCUAUUGGGACUUACUCUGCACUUCAUCUGAGUUUUGCUUCAAGUGGCUGUUACAUUUU